AUGCUCAGACAAGCGAUACGUCGCCAGAUAUCCACCAAGGUCUCAUCGAGGGUCAUUGGUAUAGACCUGGGGACCACCAAUAGUGCCGUCGCUUACAUUCGUGACUCUAACGAUAAGAGGUCUGCUACGAUCAUCGAAAAUGAAUCAGGUCAACGUACCACUCCCUCCGUGGUGGCCUUCGAUCUCAAAUCCACCACUAGGGACAACGUUAUCGUUGGGACACCUGCCAAGAGACAGGCCCUUUUGAAUUCAGAAAAUACAUUCUUUGCAACAAAGAGACUCAUUGGUAGAUCAUUUGAUGAUGCCGAAGUGCAAAGGGACAUCCCUGUCAUGCCUUUCAAAAUCGUGAAGGCUGAUACAGGGAAUGGACAAGCUUACGUGGCUACCAGUGAUGGGAUCGUAAGAUCACCCAGUGAGAUUGGUUCACUAUUGUUGAAGUAUUUGAAGGGGUCUGCUGAGACUUACUUGAAUGAAACUAUCGAUAAGGCUGUCAUUACUGUACCAGCUUAUUUUAACGAUUCCCAAAGACAGGCUACCAAGGAUGCGGGGAAAUUGGCUGGUUUGAAAGUUUUGAGAGUUGUUAACGAACCGACCGCAGCUGCGUUAAGUUUUGGUAUUGAUUCAAAGGAGAAGAGUAAGAAGGGAAUCAUUGCUGUGUACGAUCUUGGUGGUGGGACUUUUGACAUCUCUAUUCUUGACAUUGAGGAUGGAGUCUUUGAGGUAAGAUCUACAAAUGGGGAUACUCAUCUUGGUGGUGAAGAUUUCGAUAACGUCAUUAUAAACCAUCUAGUGGAAACUUUCCUUAAAGAUAACCCCGGUUGCCAAAAAGAAACAGUCAUAAAUAGUAAGGAAACCAUGCAGAGAUUAAGGGAAGCUGCAGAGACUGCAAAGAUCGAACUUUCUCACGUACAUACAACAAAGGUAGAGAUACCAUUCCUUGUAAAUAAUUAUCAUCUAAACAUGGAAUUGAAAGAAGAAGAACUAGAUAAUAUGACCAUGCAUCUAAUCAAAAAAACAUUAAACCCUGUAAAGAAGGCAUUGAAGGAUGCUGAUAUUGAACCGGAAGAUGUAGAUGAAGUCAUACUAGUGGGUGGUAUGACGCGAAUGCCCAAGAUUAGAGCGUUAGUGAAGGAUAUAUUUCAAAAGGAACCCAAUACAAGCGUUAACCCAGACGAAACGGUGGCAUUAGGGGCUGCCAUUCAAGGUGGUGUCCUUUCAGGGGAAAUUAAGAACGUGUUACUGUUAGAUGUAACACCAUUAACUUUAGGUAUUGAAACAUUUGGCGGUGCAUUUUCACCUUUAAUUCCAAGGAAUACUACUGUGCCAGUUACCAAGACAGAAAUCUUCAGUACGGGGGUGGAUGGGCAAACAGGUGUAGACAUUAAAGUUUACCAAGGUGAAAGAGGAUUAGUACGUGAUAAUAAACUAAUCGGUGAUUUUAAAUUGACUGGGAUCCAACCGAUGUUAAAGGGGAUACCACAGAUCUUUGUUACUUUCGAUAUAGAUGCGGAUGGUAUAAUUAAUGUAUCUGCUGCAGAAAAGAGUAGUGGUAAAGAGCAAUCUAUUACUGUCAUUCCCAGCUCAGGAUUAACUGAAGAGGAAAUAAAUAAAUUGGUAGAAGAAGCCAAUGCAAACAGACAAACAGAUAACAUAAUCAGACAAAGAAUGGAGCUAAUAACAAAAGCAGACAUAAUGAUAAGUGACACGGAAAAUGCAUUUGAGAAGUUUAAGAAGACAAUCUCAACAGACGACCAAUAUCCUACAGUUUUACAAGAACUAAAGGAAUUAAGGCAAUUGAUCAAUAAUUUUAAGGAAAAGGAAAAUGAUAUGUCUUUGGAUGUGAACGUCAUUAAAAAAUCCACAGACGCCUUACAAAACAAAGCCUUUAAAUUAUUUGAAAGAGUAACUAAGAAGCAACAAAACCACAAAACGGUGGAAGGUAACGUAAAAGAGUGA